AGCUCUCCUGACCAACUUCCAGGGCAGCAGCGGUGAAGUUUGGAGAGGAAAAUUCAGACUUUGUAAACAGCCGAGAAGCUCACCAAACAUAAAACCGACUCAGGCCACAGCCAGGCAGCCACUAUGGACGAUUUAGACGCGUUGCUGGCAGACCUGGAAUCUACUACGUCCCACAUCUCAAAGCGACCUGUGUUUUUGCCUGAGGAGACCCCCUACUCCAUCCCCACCGGAGGACACUCCUACCAGGAUGUGUCAGUUCCACCUCCAGUACCUCCUCCACCAUCAGCCGAGGCUCUGAACGGGUCACUGAUAGAUCAGCCGGACUCCUACCACUCCUCUCAGCAGUCGUUAGGUUCAGCUCAGAAGAGCUCAUGGUCCAGGGAUAGCAGCAGCUCUCCGCUGUCUCACAUUGAAGAGGACCACGUCUACAGUUUUCCAAACAAACAGAAGUCAUCAGACUCGUCAACAGCAGCCAUGACCUCUGCCAUGGGUAGUAACCUCUCGGAGCUCGACAGGCUGCUGCUCGAACUCAACGCAGUGCAACAGAGCUCCCCUUCAUUCCCCACCACAGAGGAAGCAGCUCCACCCUUACCAUCCUGCAGCAUCACCCACUACGAGAACGGCAGUGCCCCUGACAUCAUGGUGAGCCCUCCCCCGCAGGAGAAACCCAAGAGGAACGGAACGAGGCUGGAUGAGGCGCGACCUACCGUCGAGAGUCUGCUGGACGAACUGGAGGGCUCAGUGCCUUCACCUAGCUCCUCUGCUCGCCACAGUGAUUUAGACACAUCCUCUCAGCAGCAAGCCAGAAUUUCAGCUUCGUGUGCCACAAGAGAGCUCGACGAGCUGAUGGCGUCUUUGUCUGACUUCAAGCCCAGCUCUUUGGGCUCUGUGCUGGACCCAGCAGGAGCGUCUUCCAACUCUCCUCAUCCUCCAGUCUCUUCCUCCAUCACCCCAGUGGCUUCUCCUUUCCCUAGUCUGUCCCAACCGUCUGCCUGUGCCUCCCCUCUCUUCUCUUUGCCUGCUGGUCUAGAGCUGCACAUAGACGAGGACGGAGGAGACGGAAGCAUGUCUGUGCCCCAUUCGAACCGUCUCUGUCCCCACAGUCCUAUAUCCUCACUGUCUGCAGCCAGUGACUUAGACCUGGACUCUAUCAUAGAUGUCUCUUCCACCAUGCUGUCAUCUCAAACCAAGGCUCUGUUAGUCCUCACUCAAGCUGCUUCCUCUAACUCCAACCUUGUGGGAAAUAGCCCAAGCCCUUCCAAUACCACCACCACCCCCUCACUCACCUCUGUUAACACCGUCCUGGAUCACAAGUCCUCCAAGUCCCCCAGUCCAUCUGCUGAACAGGUCUCAUCCUCAAAGACUGUUGGUAAAUUCCCCUGUGCUCCUGAGACUACGAGCAAGGGGUCUGCUUCUUUUCAUGACCUCAUUAUGAAUUUCUCCACUCCACCUGCGUCUAAAAACCUCACCCCUCCUGUCUCAGCUCCAAAGACUCCUUCACCCAUCCCUGCUGGCGUGUCUAUAUCUCCACCUUCUGCACAUGCUUCCUCAAAAGCAUCCUCACCAUCUCCUGUCUCUCCAUUGAUGGUCCCCUCACCCCUGUCCUACACUAGUCCCAGCAGACAGCUGUUAGAGUCAGCACCCGCAGAACAAAGAGCCAGCUCCCUCACUGUACAGCAGCCCCCCGUGGUGGAGCCCUCCCUGGACGAGGCGCUAGACAAGCUGCUAGAAAUGAGUUUUGCGCAGAAUCACUCAGCAGCAAGUGUGGAGGAGCCCCAGAUGAAGAUGGGGGCGCCUUGUCUCGGCCGGGAAAUGCAGGAGAUCCAAGAGGAGCUCAUCCUGCCCAUGGACAGAAACAGUGUGCAGCCCGACACUUUCACCAGUGCCACCAACACCAUCACAGACGAGUCAGUGGACGGAGGCACUGACGGGAAUGGAGAUCUGGACUGGGCUGACGAGGAGCUGUCCAUGUCCUUCCAUGACGGGCUGGAUGGCACCAUGACGCCUUACACCGAGAGGCCGUACACAGAUGGCAGCAUGACCCCGCUGACAGAGGCCAGCUGGAUGGAUGAGUCCAUGACCCCGUCCUCAUGCCCUGGGACCCCUGACGUUGCCCUGGACCUGCCCCUGAUGCAGACUCCAAAUAUAGACCGGGUCUCUGCAUCCGGACACAUAAAAUCAGUGAUUAGGCGCACUAAGGAAACUCCCAACGUGCACCCCAUGUUCCGAGAUGGUCACCUGCGCAGGAAGAUGGGACCCAUCAUUGUAAACAAGAACACAUCUCAGGACCGCCUCAUUGAGGAGCUUCAGGGCAAGUUCGGGAUUGGCCGCUCAGAGCGGCGCCGUAAACAGUCUGAUGACUGGCUGACCGAGGGUGUCAUCGUCACGUCCAAACCCCAGCGUUUCCGUGCCGAUGGAGUCAGCAGUGAGGUCGACAAGAUCAUAAUUCCUCCAGAGUCGCCUGUCCCUGUGAGGAAGGUGAUCCCUCCCCUGUCUCCCCCCACCCCUCGUCGCCCUCCUAUUGUAGAAGAACCCAAGCAACUACUUCCAAUACAGCAGCCCCCUAUCCCCAUACCGCCACCUCUCCCUCCACCUCCCUCCCCUCCUCCACAACCUCACCGCCUCCAGGAACCAGUCCCCGCUGUGCCUCGGCAGAUUAUAAAAGCCUCACCUCCACCAGCCCCAAUACAGGAGCCUCCUGCCCCCAAACCAGAACCCCCUCCUCCUGUUCCUAAAGCUCCAACCUGCCCUCCACCAGUGGAGCCAGUGACACCAAUUGCACCCAAAGUCCUGGUGUCAGUAGGCUGCCAAACAGAGUAUGACCCAAUCUUCCCUCCAAUGCAGAUUAUGGCCCAAGGGAAGGGUGGUGUUCCUGGAGGACCUCCGACACAGGUCAACAAGCUGGACAACAUGCUCGGUAGCCUGCAGUCUGACCUCAACAAGCUGGGUGUGCAGACGGUAGCUAAAGGAGUUUGCGGUGCCUGCUGUAAGCCAAUUGUGGGACAGGUGGUGACUGCCAUGGGCCGCACAUGGCACCCCGAGCACUUUGUGUGCACACACUGUCAAGAGGAGAUUGGCUCCAGGAACUUCUUUGAGCGCGAGGGACAGCCGUACUGUGAGACAGAUUACCAUAACUUGUUCUCCCCACGGUGCUACUACUGCAACGGGCCCAUACUGGAUAAAGUUGUGACGGCUCUGGAUAGGACAUGGCAUCCCGAACACUUCUUCUGCGCUCAGUGUGGAUCCUUCUUUGGCCCUGAGGGCUUUCAUGAAAAGGAUGGAAAAGCCUUUUGCAGGAAGGAUUACUUUGACAUGUUUGCACCAAAGUGUGGCGGCUGCGGCCGAGCCAUUUUGGAGAACUACAUCUCAGCGCUGAACAGCCUUUGGCAUCCUGAGUGUUUUGUUUGCAGGGAGUGCUUCACCCCAUUUGUGAAUGGAAGCUUCUUUGAACACGACGGCCAGCCCUACUGUGAAGUGCACUACCACGAGCGCCGGGGCUCCCUCUGCUCCGGCUGUCAGAAGCCCAUCACGGGACGCUGUAUCACAGCCAUGUCCAAGAAGUUCCACCCGGAGCACUUUGUCUGCGCCUUCUGCCUGAAACAACUCAACAAAGGCACCUUUAAAGAACAGAACGACAAACCCUACUGCCACGGCUGCUUCGUCAAGCUGUUCAGUUAGAGAGCCAGGGAGAGCGUUUCUCAGUUCUGGGUCAUAAGUGUCAAAAGCAUCUUUAGCACAGGUCAGGUGGGGAUAAGGGGUUAAUUGUGUUUGUAUCAGAGAAGGUUGUCUGUAUUCUGAUGAUGACAUUGGAAGUGUGUAUGGAUUAGGUAUGUGCAUGUGGUUGAAGCAGCGUUCUGUCUCUGCCAAACUAAAAAUACUUUUAACUUGUCCUUCAGAAAUUUGGAAAAAACUACUAUCUGACAGCGAAGCCUCUUUGUGAUGCAGAUUUACUUAAAAGGUGGCAUUACAGGGAUUUUCAAAUCAACACUGACAUGCUCAAGACAAAGGUUUUUUUUCUUAAUUUCCAUAAAGUGUGUUGGAUAUUUCCAACAGGCUAAGAGCUUUCCUUCUCUGUAAUUCUUGCAAUACUGUGUCUCCAAAACCUUUUAGUUUUUAUCGUGAUAGAUUGUGGUGAAAUCUCGCUGAACACUGUAGAAAUCCAUGAAAUACUCUGCAUGUUUGACAUUGUUGCUCACUGGUUGAGCGUGUCAUUUUAGAAAACAUAAAAAAUGAAAUGUAAAAAUCAGAAAUCUGUAGCAGGGAGAGGGUGUCCUGUUGUUUUUUAACACUACAAUAUAAUUAUUAUUAUUUUUUUUUUAAUACAACAGAGGACGGUGGAAGGCUAUUUUCCCACCAUGGUAUAAAGUUGGAUAGAGCAGAUAGAAGAAUCCAAAAUUUACUGGAAAUGGGCUGUGUCAGCAUUCUCAAUUAUUUUGUAUUUGUGAAAUGGAUUGUUGUGUCUUUACACAAGAAACAACUGUAUUUUAAGGUUUUAAUUGUGCAUAACAGAAUGUUACAAAGCUUAGUUUCUUCUGUAAGUUAAUCAAGAACUGAAAGAACUGAAUGAGUCAGUUUUUACAAAGUUUCCAAAAUCAGAGUGUCAAGCACACCUAUUUUAUCAGCCAAAGGCAAACAAUGCAUGGAUGAUUUUUUUUUUUACAGUGAUUGUCUAUGAAGAAAACCAGUAUGUAGUCAUCCUCAAGUAGUGGCAAUAGUUACAUAUGUUUAGACAAACCUCACAUUUUUGUGCUGCCAAAUCAUUCCUUGUGUUUUCACCGAAGAAAAGAGAAAAUCUGAAAACUGAUUCUUGCAGUUGUCUCUUACAGUGAAAUGGAAUCACACAAAGAUAUUGGGAGUAUAUUGUGCAUCUCUUACUAUAGCUACCGUUUUUAGGUACAUCCUGAGAAGUUUUUUUGUAAAUAUCCAAUGCAGCUACAUUGUGAGCAAAGCGCUGGCAUGCCUAGCAUGGACACGUGUUUAAUAACCACUGAUCAAAGAGGGGGAGGGCCGGUGGGAAGGCAGAGCAAAGAUACUUUGAUAUUUUUGGUGUCAUUACUGUAUUGAGAAGCUGAUGAAUGUUCACUAUUUUGAAAGAAGAAGUACAUAAUACAAGAAAAUGUGCCUGUGAUGUUCCAAUCACUCUAUGCAACUGUGGAUUAACAACUUUGUAUUUCACCAUCAGCGUGUAUUCUGUGCCAUUGUAUCAGUACCAUGUCUAAUAACACUGGCAAAUCCAGCAAAUUACUGAUAACUGGUCAAUUGUCCACAGUUAUGAUUUCAUGUUAUUAGUCUGUGAGUUCACUGAAAAAAUGCAGGCUGUAAAAAAGAGAGCCUGGUGGUCUGUCGAUGACUCAUAUCCCUCAGCAUCUGAGUAGCAUCUACUGUAUGACCACCAGGCGGGUCUGUGUGUGUAAUCAUGACAUGCAGCAGAUAUGUAUCGGGCCUUUUGUCUUGUUCAGGGAAUUCUAGAGCCUUAAAUCAUUUCUCACUCUAUUUAAGAUAUCAUGUAACAGUUGUCUUUUCAAAUCAGUUUAGUAGAGUGUUAUUUAACCAAAGCCAUACCUUCUUUGAACUGUUUUUAUGUCUGUUCAUUUUUUUUUUCUCUUUUCACUCUGAAUGUCAGUAGUUAUGAAUAGUGAGAUUGCUCACCUCUAGUCUGAUUACACAAAUAAAUUCUGUUUUGGUAUUAAA